AUGGAGGCGGUGGCACGUAUCAUGGUGGAGGACCUGUUGGACUUGGAGGCGGAGGAGCAGGAGCAGACGGCGGUGUGGGGUCUGAUGGACGACCCUUGGAAGGAGAGUGGGGCGAAGAAGGACAGAUUUGAGUGGCGGAAGGGUGUGGAUUUGUACGUAGACAAGGAAGGGCGCAUAAGUCGGCCGUACCUGGCGGACUUAGAUCCUGCGCGAGCAGAUGGUACAGUGGUGUUGCGCUCGGUGGUAGUUUUGAUAGACUACGGAGAGAUGUAUAGUGCGACGGACACGACGAGUACGAGUGGGGCGACGUCUGGGGACUUUAUCGUGCCGUUGCGUAUAUCCUCGGUGGCGGUGGUGAAAGAGUUCAUUGACGACUUUUUCGAACUUUGUCCUUUGGGAGAACUGGGAGUUGUCCUCAUGUACAACAAGACCGCCCACGUCUUGACUGCCGCGUUGACCUCGAACCACCAGAUGCUCAAGGAUCUGAUUGACGACGAGAUUAGUCGCCUCGAGUCCGGGCGAUCAGGCACAAGUCGUUCAGAGGGCGCGGUGCGGAGCACCCUAAAUGGCCCCGAGGCGGCGCUGGAGGACGCGGUGGUUAUUGACGGAGUUCGAGCGGCCCAAGUGAGUUUACAGGCUGGCCUCGAGAAAUGCUACCUCCUUCUCAAUAACGGUAAAUCCUACUCACGCAAGGAGGUCCUAUGCAUCUGGAACAGUACUGCUACUCACGACGCUGGCCUCAUCGGAGACACGAUCGACGUCCUACGGACCCACAAUAUUCAAAUCAAUGUCAUCUCACUAACACCUCAUCUGCACGUUCUGGAACGUCUUACUAGCACCUGCCACGGUGAUUACACCGUCAUUCGUAACGAGGCCGCCCUCAAAGAUCAACUCAUCACCUACUCCAAGGCCCAGGCACCCUCCACCGACCUUGACAACAGCAAGGAUCUGAUUCCCAUCGGCUUUCCCGAAUGGGAACAGGGCCUCUGCGCCGCACUCUGCACCUGUCACAACCAACUGAAAUUCAACUCCUACGCCUGCCCCCGCUGUCUAGCACGCAACUGCUCCAUCCCCUCCAACUGUGCCGUCUGCGGACUCCUCCUCGCCAAAAGCCUAGACAUCGCACGCUGCUCCAAAACCAGUUACAACGUCCCACCCUUCCAACCCUUACCACCGAACAAAAAGGACUGCUACAUGUGCGACCGCGUUGUCCUUAGCGGCGCUGGAGUUUGUCUCAAAUGCAACCAAGUGUUCUGUCUGGAUUGCGAUGUGAACAUUCAUGAGUAUCUGUUGCCAUGUCCGGGCUGUCAAUACAUCGACCUGCUCAGCAGACAAGGCCUCCAAACGCGGUCAACAAAGCCGGAGCCUCCAUUGCCUGAAGAUCAUCCGCAAUAUAACUUCUAUCAGGAUCAACUCAAACUUAUUCAAGAAGAUUAA